AUGCCUAGGUUGGUGUGUUGUGUUUGCGAUGCAGAAAACACGACGUGCAGAGUAUAUCUGACUGGCGAGCAGAGUUAUUGCGUGAGCAUCCGUGACUGUCUGAACGGUUAUGGGGCCCUACUAAGCACCCGCUUAAGACCAUAUCUUGGAAUUUUAACGAAGGUUCAUGACUGUCAGUCUCCAAAUACGAUGUGUUGUCCUCAAGAACGGGUUAAAGCUAUUCAAGCUAUUGGAACCUUGAGAGAAAAGAUUCCUGAUCAUGGAACCUGUGGCCGGAUUUCCCUCGAAGCCACAAAAUACGAGGUGUCAAAACUUGUGCAGGAUAAAGUUUCAGAUUAUCUCAGCAUGGAGCAAGAUUCGAUUGGAAAUAUUGAGCUAGAACUAAAAUAUUUUGAGGAGGAAAAUUUAUUUCAAGUUGUUGGAAAUAAUAAAUUGACCGUCGCCGAACAACUGGAAAUCAGAGAAAAAGCUAAUGAAUUAUUGGAGUAUACAAAUAGAACUCAUUUUUACGGUGGCUUGGUGCAAAAAGGUCAAUUUAGUUUCGUCGCUAGGCUUCAGUAUAAAACUAAAACCAAAUUCAGCAAAAAACUAGAUCGUCUUUGCGGAGGAGCAUUGAUUCACCCUCAAUGGAUAAUUACUGCGUGCCACUGCCUCAGAAGUGAUCAAGGGGAAUUAACAUCAGUACUUCUUGGCGGUCUAGAUGAUAAUAAUGCCAAAAAUCAAGUUAUUGAAGUGGAAAGAGGCUAUGCGCACCCAGAGUACAACGGAGCUAAAGGAUUUUACCAAAAUGAUAUAGGACUGAUUAAAUUGAUAGAGCCGGUUGAUUUAAGAGACGGAACCAUCUCAAUCGUGUGUUUGCCAAUUAUACCAAAAGAAAUUCUUUACAACAAAUACGCGUUCGCUCUAGGAUGGGGCCUUGUGAAUAUAGACGAUGAAGGCAAAAGAGGGCUAAAGUUUGCUCGUCUCCCUUUGAUUCGUGCCGAUAAAUGCCGAAGUCUCUUGCCGUUGGAUUACCACAGUCAAAUCUGCGCAGGAGGAGAACUGCAAGACACUUGCUAUGGAGACAGCGGUGCACCUCUCAUUUCGAUAUUGGAAGAUGAUGCUGGAAAUUACUUGGCUUUCUUAAUUGGUGUUACAUCCUAUGGACCAGAAAAAUGUGGGACUAAAGGGUUCCCAGGUGUUUACACAGUCAUACAACACUUCUUGCCUUGGAUAUAUAAACAUAUUGGGACCAAGUAAAAGUUUUUUUUUGAG